AUGAACGAGAGUAACACGGGUUACAUAGCACAAGCUAUGGCAGUAGCAGAGGAGGAAAAACCGAUCUCGGAGCUACCUGCAGCAGUAAAGGAGGUGUUGGAGAAGUACAAAGACAUCAUGCCUGACGCCCUACUUGCAGGAGUGCCUCUAGUGCGCACCCAGAAGCACGAGAUCGUGGAAGAACCAGGUGCAAAACCCAUCUCAUUCCACAAGACGGCGUUCCGUACCAGAUACGGCUCCUACGAGUAUCUAGUGAUGCCGUUCGGACUCUGCAAUGCAUCGACGACGUUCCAGGCGGAGAUGAACCACAUCCUACGGCCCGUGCUGGAUAAGUGCGUGGUAGUGUACCUGGACGACAUACUGAUUUACUCCAAAACAAUGAAGGAGCACAUGGAGCAUCUGCGGAAAGUCUUCGAGAUCCUGCGGGAGAAUAAGUUCUACGUGAAGCUGUCGAACAGCGACUUCGCCCUAGAGAAGGUGCAGUUUUUCGGACACAUGGUGGGAGCGGAGGGCGUACAUGUGGACCCGCGGAAGCCGUCAAGAAAUGGAAAGUUCCUGAGAAUGUGA